AUGUCUGCAGUGUACAAGAUUGGCAACAAAACCUUCCGGCCAACUAUUGAGGAAGCCAGAACCCCUUUCAUUGAUGUACAACCAUCUGGAACCAACAUGGUGCAGUACCUACAAAAACAGAGGGAGGAGAAGCCCUUCCCAUUUGUCUUAGAACUUGGAGUUGGUGGACAGUUUUUCGUGGUGGUGAAUGGGGAAGCCCUAGAAGAGCAGACUCUCCUCAAGGCAGUAGAUAUUCCUGGUUUCUGUGAAGGAGGUUCGUCUGUUCCUGGCAUCGAGGGGAAAGUGAACUGUGAGAUCAGUGUUGGCUAUAAAUCGGUCUACAGGAUGUGUUUCGCCAUGGCCUGUUUCUUCUUCCUGUUCUCCAUCAUCAUGAUCCAUGUGAGGAGCAGCAAAGAUCCACGAGCUGCACUUAAAAACAGGGGAGGGGGGGUUUUCUGGUUCUUCAAGUUCUUGAUACUGGUCGCUUUCACUGUGGGAGCAUUCUUCAUUCCAGAUGGAACAUUCAAUUCAGAGUGGUACUACUUUGGUGUGGUUGGGUCAUUCAUCUCCAUCUUGAUCCAGCUCAUUCUGCUGGUGAACUUCGCUCACACCUGGAACCAGAAGUGGGUGGAGAAUGCAGAAAACGGGAACAAUAAAUGUUGGUAUGCAGGUACGCUCAACAAUAGCACACUGCACUAUAUAUGUGCCUUUGCUGCUGUGGUUUUGUUCUAUAUAUUCUACACACAGCCGGAUGACUGCACUGAGCACAAGGUCUUCAUCAGUCUCAACCUCAUCUUCUGCAUCAUCACCUCAGUGGUGGCCAUGCUCCCCAAAGUGCAGGAAGCUCAACCGAGCUCUGGUCUGCUGCAGGCAUCUCUCAUCUCUCUCUACACAAUGUAUCUCACAUGGUCUGCUAUGAGUAACAACCCUAUUCGCCAAACUGCCAAACUGCCGAACAUAUACACUGAGGAGCUAAAAUAUUAUGACCACUCACAGUUGAUGGUCUGGCAAAAACUACACAAUCAUCACCAAAUCAUCACCGCUCCCACUCCCACCAGUGCCCCCGGGAUCCAUACUCAGUGGUGGGAUGCCCAGAGCAAUGUGGGGUUGGUUAUCUUCCUCCUGUGCACUCUAUAUGCCAGUAUCCGCUCCUCUAUCAACAGUCAGGUGAAUAAGCUCAUGCAGACAGAGGAAGUUCAGGGUCUGGCGGCUGCUGACCCCAACUAUGGCUUCUUGGAGGAUGGCGUGAGACGAGCGGUGGAUAAUGAAGAGGAUGGAGUGACAUACAGCUACUCAUUCUUCCAUUUCUCACUCUUCCUUGCCUCCCUCUACAUGAUGAUGACCCUGACCAGCUGGUACCAACCUGAAACUGACUACGCUGCCAUGAAAACCAGUAUGCCAUCAGUGUGGGUGAAGAUUUGCUCAAGCUGGCUGGGACUAGGGCUGUACCUAUGGACUCUUGUGGCUCCACUCAUCCUGACUGACCGAGGCUUCAGCUAAAUGCCAGUAAGCCUCCAUGAGGGGUCUUAUUUUGAAGGAAGCAACCCAAGUUUCUGUCAUAUACUGAGCUUGUUCAUACAGCACAUUACAGCAGUUAUUGUUAUUCUUCUAUGAACACUAGUAAGCCUUCACAAGACACUUUUUAUAUAUUUUUCAUUUUGCUAUAAAGUCUUAAACUCUGAGCCCACAUCAUUGGAUCUACCCACAAUUCACACCAGAAAGCCUUCAAUAUACAAUGUAAUAAGUUAGAAAAUUGCGUAUAUUCAGGACACUUCUUUUGUGUGUUUUCUUUUUUUUUUAAUCCUUUAGUAUUCUCUGGGAAUUGGUUUGUACACUUUACUUAACAUGUGCUGACAUCAAACACACUAGCUCACAUCAGUUUCUGGAAAUUUUAUGACAUUUUAUUACUGUCUGGGGUCCAGUUUUGUUACAAAUUGCACUAUGUUUGAUAAAAUCAAUAUUAAUUGUUCAGUGGAAAUUGAUGAAGAUUUCCUUAUUCGUAUCCUCAAUAUA